UGCCCAGCUCGACAGCAGCCACACCUCGCCCACAGGCUUCCCCGCCCUCGCCCAGCUCCGCGAACGGGAGCCUGGUUUGCCGGAGUCGCAAGAGAAAGAGAGAGCGACUCGACGUUUGUCCCCCCCUUCGAAAGAGGGGCAUCCCGCCGUUGCCAUGGAGUCGUCCGGUUCCUCCAAGGGGUGCAUGGACCAAUUUACCAGCCUCAUCCGCUCCCAAAGGGGCAUGUUACUCUUCGCAGAAAUAAUUGCAUGUAUCAUCAUCCUUAUCUGCUAUGCGGCAUCCUGGUCAUAUGCCUACACAGGUUUGGCGAUCUUCAUGCUGAUUUACUGCAUCGUCCUGUUUAUCAUCUUCAUGUUAUCAUUACACCUCCAAUUGACUUUCAUCCACUGGGGAUGGACGACUUUUAUCCGGGCUCUUAUUGGAGCAGUGGCCUUUAUCAUCACCGCCAUCAUUGUCCUUGUUAGCCGCCCAGAUGGACCAGGCAUAGCUGGGGCGGUGGUUUCAAUUCUGACUGGAAUCCUCUUUGGCUACGAUGCAUACACCAUCUUGCCUAGUAUCAGGAAUACUCAUAGAGCAGCUAACACCGAGCCUCCAGAAGGGAUUUGAAGACACUAUCCCUCUUUCACCUCAAGACAAAACACCACACUGGACCCAUCUCCUAUUGCCUUCUAUGGGAUCUGUCCCCGAGAGACCACCUCCCCGCAUCAAUUUGGCAGCACCACAGCCUCUUUUUCUUCGGGUGCCCAGUAGGACUUAUUGUCGUCCGAAUUGGCAGGUCCUUUCCUCUUGUCUCCACUUUAUGAAACUGUUCCAGCAAUGGAAAAGAAAGCCGAUUCUGGAAUCCCCCAGAGAAAUUGCAGAGCCCCAGUAAGAUGGAUUUCAUAGGUUUGUGACUAUUAACUGCAUCAGAUUGAGAGUAAUUCCAUUUACACUCUGGUUGAGAUGCAAAGAAAAUAAGCCUUUACGUUUGUUUAGUCCUAUUAGUAGAAAAUGACACCAAAGUGCAAAGGGUCCCAACUGACCUUCUCUUGGGGGCCUCUGUUUGCCCUGCAGA